CUGACUCUACUCCGGACUUUUGAAGCAGAUAUAUUUCAAGCCAGAGGUCAACGUGUGUGCAAGGCAGGAAAAGGGAGGCCGUGCUACAAGUUGGCCUAUUUCUCCGAGCUCCGAUGGAAGCUGAACUUUGCAGAAGCAGAGCUCGCUUGCAAACGAGAUGGAGGCCAGCUGCUGAGCAUUGAAUCUGCAGCAGAGCAGAAGAUCAUCGAACAGCUCAUCACAGAACUCCGCCCAACCGAUGGAGACUUCUGGAUAGGUCUCCGCCGUAAACAUGGAGAUGAGGAAAACAGCUCUGACUGCUCGUCACAGUACUACUGGCUGGACGGUAGCAAGUCUACAUUUAGGAGCUGGCACUGGGAUGAGCCAUCAUGCGGCUAUGAGGUGUGUGUGGUAAUGUAUCACCAACCGUCUGCUCCCCCGGGCCUGGGAGGGCUCUACAUGUUUCAGUGGAACGAUGACAACUGCGAAACCAAAAACAACUUCAUCUGCAAAUACACUGCAGAGGACCCUACUCCCACGUCCAACACCACUAAAACAGAUAUCCUACCUUCACCGGCACUACCAUGGGAUCCAAGUGACCACAGCCACAGCAGAACAGCUAUGAAUUUGGUGUACGUCAUCAUCCCUACCAUCCCACUCAUCCUGCUGCUGCUGACAGUGACGGGGGUCUGCUGCUUCAAACUGCUCUUCAGACGAAAGAGGAAACAGCAGAAAUCAGAAGUAUGCCAGACAGACCCGGGAGUCUGUCCCAGCCCGACUCCCACUGAUGUUUACAACGUCAUUCGUUCCCAGAAGGAUGAUGAUCUGAUUUCAGCUCGCCCAAACACCAAAAACACCUCAUUUUUGUGCUCCUCUCCUGAUACACCCACCGGCGACUAUGACAACCUGGGAGGCCGAGACACAGAGAGCGGCUUUGUCACACUUGCGAGCACAGAGAGCUGCUUCCUUAACUAUGACCUGAACGAGCUCAGCCUUGGGCGUCGCGGCACCCGCGAUUUCUACGACACCAGCUUGGGCCGCGUGGGAAAGAGGGAGCCGAAUGAUGGCAGUCUUGGCCGCUCUGGACACAGAGAGCUUUAUGCUAGAAGCUUAGGCCGACGCACGACAAAGAGUGAGCAUUACAGCAGCAACAUGUACGGGGAGCAUGGACUGUAUGACGGCAGCAUCAGAGCCGGCACUGAACUGUACGAUGCCACACUGAGGCCUGAGGGCCACGUUGGAAAAGUUGACCUCUUUCAGACAUACGUCACCAACGGCAAGCAGGAGAUUUUCCAAAGCAGCCUCGGAGGAUAUGCAAACCGAAAGUCCUUCCACGCGAAUCUGGAUUGUUACAGAAACGGCCUGAAUCUGGACAGUGGAAAGAGAUACUUUAACGAGCAGGAUUGGAUCAACAGAGAAAGCUACUGA